AGACAAAACUCCCAGGAAGCGCUGCUCUUUGGCACCUCUGAUAACCACAGCCGGCAGAAGGGAAGCAGCGUUACCGAGACAAUUCCCACUCCGCAACAGAAGAACACAAGUCUAGCCUGAGCAGUCAUGUCGGCCAAAGCCAUCUCCGAGCAGACGGGAAAGGAGUUCCUCUACAAGCACAUCUGCACAUCGGCAGCUGUGCAGAACAGAUUCCGCUACGCCAACGUGGCGGCCGAGACCGACUUUGAGCGACUGGCGCAAGAGCACCCGUGGCUGCUCACAGAGAGGCUGGUGGUGAAGCCCGACCAGCUGAUCAAGAGACGAGGGAAGCUGGGCCUGGUUGGCGUCAACCUGGACCUGAACGGCGUCAGAGAGUGGCUGAAGUCCCGCCUCAUGAGAGAGACGACAGUGGGAAAAGCCAAGGGCGUACUCAAGAACUUCCUCAUCGAGCCUUUUGUCCCCCAUAAGCAGGAGGAGGAAUUCUACGUGUGCAUCUACGCCACCCGUGAGGGCGACUAUGUGCUGUUUCACCACGAGGGAGGGGUGGAUGUGGGAGAUGUGGAUGCCAAGGCGAAGAAGCUGCUAAUUGGAGUGGAUGAAAAGAUCAGUGAAGACUCUGUGAAGAAAGAGCUGCUGACUCACAUCCCCAACGACAAGAAAGUGAUCCUGGCCAGCUUCAUCGUUGGGCUCUUCAACCUGUAUGAAGACCUGUUCUUCACAUACCUGGAGAUCAAUCCACUGGUGGUCACAAAAGAUGGCGUUUACGUGCUGGACAUGGCAGCCAAGAUCGACGCCACAGCUGACUAUAUCUGCAAGUCCAAGUGGGGAGACGUGGAGUUCCCUCCACCCUUCGGCAGGGAGGCUUAUCCUGAGGAGGCCUACAUUGCCGACCUUGAUGCAAAGAGUGGCGCGAGCCUCAAACUGACCCUGCUCAACCCGCGAGGCAGGAUCUGGACCAUGGUGGCAGGAGGAGGCGCCUCAGUGGUGUACAGUGACACAAUCUGUGACCUGGGUGGCGUCAACGAGCUGGCCAAUUAUGGGGAGUAUUCAGGAGCGCCAAGCGAACAGCAGACCUACGACUAUGCCAAGACUAUCCUGUCUCUGAUGACAAGAGAGAAGCACCCUGAUGGAAAGGUUUUGAUCAUCGGGGGAAGCAUUGCAAACUUCACAAACGUUGCAGCAACAUUUAAGGGGAUUGUUCGAGCCAUCAGAGACUAUCAGGUGCCAUUGAAGGAGCAUGAGGUCACCAUUUUUGUCCGCCGUGGAGGCCCCAACUACCAGGAAGGCCUCAGAGUGAUGGGAGAAGUUGGCAAGACAACUGGCAUCCCCAUCCAUGUCUUUGGCACAGAAACUCACAUGACUGCCAUUGUUGGCAUGGCACUGGGCCACCGGCCAAUCCCCAACCAGCCUCCUGUUGCUGCCCACACUGCCAACUUCCUUCUCAACUCCAGCGGCAGCACAUCGACCCCAGCAUCCAGCCGAACGGCUUCUUUCUCCGAAAACCGAGCCAAAGUUGAGGACUCACCAGCCAAGAAGAACAAAACAGGAGCUCCCAUCGCCAAGUCAACUUCCCUCUUCAGCAAACACACCAAGUCCAUCGUGUGGGGUAUGCAGACGCGGGCCGUACAGGGUAUGCUGGACUUUGAUUACGUCUGCUCCAGAGAGGAGCCAUCUGUUGCAGCCAUGGUCUACCCAUUCACUGGAGACCACAAACAGAAGUACUAUUGGGGCCAUAAAGAGAUCCUCAUCCCGGUGUAUAAGAACAUGAGCGACGCCAUGAAGAAGCAUCCCGACGUGGACGUGCUGAUCAGCUUUGCCUCUUUGCGUUCAGCCUAUGACAGCACCAUGGAGACCAUGCAGUACCCACAGAUUCACACCAUUGCCAUCAUUGCUGAGGGAAUCCCUGAAGCCCAUACCAGGAAGAUCAUCAAGGCCGCAGAUGAGAAGGGGGUUACAAUCAUUGGACCAGCAACCGUUGGAGGAAUCAAGCCAGGCUGUUUCAAGAUCGGGAACACAGGAGGCAUGUUGGAUAACAUCCUGGCCUCCAAGCUCUAUCGCCCAGGCAGCGUGGCCUACGUGUCCCGCUCAGGCGGCAUGUCCAAUGAACUCAACAACAUAAUCUCACGCACCACCGACGGUGUUUUUGAAGGUGUUGCCAUUGGUGGGGACAGAUACCCAGGCUCAGUGUUUACUGAUCAUGUGCUGCGCUACCAAGACACUCCUGGAGUGAAGAUGAUUGUUGUACUGGGAGAGAUUGGAGGCACAGAGGAGUACAAGAUCGGCCAGGCCAUCGAACAGGGCCGGAUCACAAAGCCAGUGGUGUGCUGGUGUAUUGGGACCUGUGCUACCAUGUUCUCCUCAGAGGUGCAGUUCGGCCAUGCAGGAGCCUGUGCCAAUCAGGCCUCUGAGACAGCAGUAGCUAAAAACAUGGCUCUGAAGGAGGCUGGUGCCUUCGUCCCAAAGAGCUUUGACGAGCUGGGAGAGCUCAUCAAUUCUGUUUAUGAUGACCUUGUUGCCAAAGGAGUCAUCCAGCCGGCCGUAGAGAUGCCUCCUCCCACUGUGCCGAUGGAUUACUCUUGGGCACGAGAGCUAGGUCUGAUCCGUAAGCCUGCCUCCUUCAUGACGAGUAUCUGUGACGAGAGGGGUCAGGAGCUCAUCUACGCCGGCAUGCCCAUCACGGAGGUCUUCAAGUCAGAAAUAGGCCUCGGAGGAACUCUGGGGCUUCUCUGGUUCCAGAGGAGGUUGCCAAGGUAUGCCUGCCAGUUCAUUGAGAUGUGCCUGAUGGUGACUGCUGAUCACGGCCCCGCUGUUUCCGGUGCCCACAACACCAUCGUCUGUGCUCGAGCUGGCAAAGAUCUCAUCUCCAGUCUCACCUCUGGCCUUCUCACCAUCGGUGACCGCUUUGGAGGCGCUCUGGAUGCUGCAGCAAAGCAGUUCAGCAAGGCUUUCGACAGCGGCAUGCUGCCCAUGGAGUUUGUCAACAAGAUGAAGAAGGAUGGCAAGCUGAUCAUGGGCAUUGGCCACAGAGUCAAGUCGAUUAAUAAUCCAGACAUGAGAGUCCAGAUCUUGAAGGAUUUUGUGAAGCAGCACUUCCCCUCCACCCAGCUGAUGGACUACGCUUUAGAUGUGGAGAAGAUCACCACCUCCAAAAAACCCAACUUGAUCCUGAAUGUGGAUGGCUUUAUUGGUGUAGCCUUUGUGGACUUGCUCAGGAAUUGUGGUGGAUUUACAAGGGAUGAAGCUGAUGAGUUUGUGGAAAUAGGAGCUCUGAACGGUAUCUUUGUCCUGGGGCGCAGCAUGGGAUUUAUUGGACACUACCUAGACCAAAAGAGGCUGAAGCAGGGUCUGUACCGCCACCCCUGGGAUGACAUCUCCUAUGUGCUCCCAGAACACAUGUCCAUGUAAUCAGAGGGACUAAACCAGACAGCGUCAGCCCUCUGUCGCCAGAUCGCCUCAUCCGAGCCGUCAAUACCCCGCCCAUACUGUGAUCUGUCACUCCCAAGCAGUGGUGUAAUAUCGAAAAGAUGUAACUAUGGAUAUCGUUGUAAAUUGCAAAUAUUGAAAAGAAGAAACCUGUCAGUGCUGCAGCUCUUUGAAUAUUAGUAUAACCUGCCAAACUGAGACGCUCUAGUGAAUGACCCCACUCAGUCGGGACGUGACUGAGUGAGAUCACAAGAUGAAUCAGAUAUACAGCUAAAGGGGGGAACGUUGAUUAUUCAACUUACCACCAACACUCUCAUGGCUAGUGAUGUACUAUUCUUUACCCCAACUAUAUAUAUCACUGUCACAUUAACCUAGCAUGUGUCUCUGUGCAGCUCUCUUCAUUGUGCCACUUGAGAAUCAUGAGCUUGCUAGGGGUUAAACAUGUAGUGCAAUAAGGCCUAUAAUAUGAGAAACAUACUGUAGAUCAGAGCUUUAUUUAUUUAUAGAUGUAUCGAUGUCAUAGUUUUUAUUUUCUUUAAUGUUUUUGACACUGGGUGGGGGGUGAAACAUCAGUCUGCUUACUGUAGUGAAAAGGACCAUUAUGAGUCAAUCUUUCUUGAUAUUGUUGACAUGAAUGCACUAUUUUCAUUAAAAUAACCUGAAAUAUUAUUAGAAUAUUUCCAUCAGCACUACAAGACAGCAAGUUGUUUUAGCAUUUAAAUGCUAUAAUAUAUUUAAUGUCUUCACAUAAUAUAUAUUAGGUCUAAAUACGUUUUUAAUGAUUUAAGAUUGUGUAAUUUUUCGAUUAGAGUAGGAUUUUAAAAGUCAUUAUGUCCCCACUAUUUAUGCAUUUAUUACUCACUUUUUGCAUUUGAACACACCUUUUCAGUAUUCAACGGAGAAACUAUGUGGACAAUCUGCUAAUCGUAAGAAGGACAAAACUUCCAUUCUAUUUUAAAUUAAAGAAAAUUAAAGAUAUUCCCCAAGAAAAUGUGGUUUCAACCAUCACCAGUGUCGUUUAUUAUGUGAAUGUUAAAAAACAAAACAACAUCUUUGGACAACGGCAAACCUCACCAAUAUUGUCACAAUGUUUGUUUGUAAUUGUUUCGAUGUGAAAUAAAUGUGCUUCUACUGAUUUGUCGUAUGUUGACAACUGUGUAAUUGAGUAAAAUAAAAAUGUAUUAAUGUCAUGUAA